GUAGAUCUUCCUAAAAUGCAGUGCCAGUAGUGGUAGUCUACUCUCCCGGCUUGCACUGCAUGAUUUGCUGCUCUUUGGCGACGAACCGUCAGCUGAGCCUGCAGCAGCAACAUGCCGUAUAACCCAAUGACCGGUGCCCACCCGGAGUGGACUGCGUUCGUGGAGGAGAUGAGCAAGGUGCUGGACGAAACGCUAAGCGACCGACCCAGGCGGGGGUCGGAAUGGACAGCGCACUGCAGGGAGGAAUUUCCGCGCAGCGCCCGAGUGAAAUCGCUGCUCGACGACACGAAAGAGCCGUGCAAGCGACACAAACCUCUUGAUCUUGACGAUCUACCCUUCGAAAAGUAUAUGCCUGGACCUGAGCAGCCGAUGAGGCAUCGUUUGCAUUGGGUUACCGGGACAGGGUUCUUCCGCGGGCAGCAACCAGAGCCAUACAGCAAUCUAAAGACGUGCUUUAGCUACCCAGCUCCUGGAACAGUUCUGACAGAGGUCGACGCCCGGAUCGGUAGUUUCCCGCUGAACUACAAGCGCCGUGCGUGUGUCUGGGCCCGUGGCAAGGACUCGCAGGAGGUGCAGGAAAUAGAGAGGAGGAUUCACACGCAUCCGACAGCCAUCCCGUACCGAGCCGAGUGCGACAAGGAAUUAGACAUACUGGCGGACCCACCGCGGGGUGUCCAGAAGAGUUUGAAACGGGAGAAGUUAUUCUGGGAGGUGACGUUGCUGCACUACAUCAACAUCCUCGGUGAACUGAUCUAUUUUGUUGACUUCUACUGGCGUAUCAAAUAUCCAAGCAAUCGCCUUGACAGAGAGCGAAUUGUACUGCACCUGUUUUACCAGGUGUUCAACGAGAAGGUCGUCCAGAUACUGAGAGAUGUCAGUCGUGAGUUCACACUCGCCGACUUGUAUGUUCUGGUCGGCAAGAUGGUCACGCACAGCUUCGUCAUGUACCACCCGAAGGACCAUCUCGACUCAGUGACACAGCUACCGAAACUCAUCAUCAUGAUCUGUGCAUGGCAAAUGAGAUUGUGCAGGCCGUCAUACUACCUGCUGCUGAUGACAUGGAACCAUGUGGACGGCAUACGUAAUAUUGUCAAACCAUACGCUGACCAUGCAGUGUAUCCGGCCAGCACCCAUGGAACACAGAGUCUUGAACUGCUGGAGACGCUUUUUCGUCGUACAUUCUGGCUCUUCGAGAUCGGAGAAUGGGAUUUGCUACGUGACUUCAUGAUACGACCAGGCAGAACUGCAAUUCCAAACAUAGAAGCCAAGAGACUGCAACCUCUCUUAGAAUGCGGUCUAUGUCACCAUCGUCUCAAGUACUUCUUCACCCUAAACCAUCACGUCAUACAAAACGAACCCAGGCGAUACUUCAUCUCACUGAAAGAAUAUUCAAAGACGAAUCCGGUUGGGAGGCGCAAGAUCCUGCUUGGACGGAGUGUGUAUGAGUACUGUACGAAGUACAGGGAGGAUGGCACUGUGGACUUCUUUCCACCCAUACCACGUGAGGAGCCACUUAGCUUGCAGUUCUCUGAGAUCUUUCCGGGACCACAGAAGGCAAAGCAGCGCCCAGCUGGUGCAUAUGUCAAGGCUGAGUUUGAGAAAACUAUCGGUCCCCUCCAAACAGAAGUCAUACGUGCACCAAAACCAAGAGCCUGUUUUUCUCCUCCAUUGCAAGACAUGAAGUGGCCAUCAUCAAAGCGUUAUGCCGAGAACCAGCUGAUUGUGGAAACAAGGUCAAUCAUGGACAAGGAGAAGAGGAUGUCAUUUUUCUUUGCACGCGGCAGCGAGAAGCAGCCAAUAAUGCUGGAGAGAAUCCGCUUGAUAUCACGUGAACAUGCUGAGAAGUUCGUGGACAAGAAAGUAUGGAACCACUCAAUGAAUACCGAGGCACGAUGUGCAUUUGCUCUGGGUCUCAAGAACUUGCUCAGCCCUGAAAAAAUGCUUGUUGCUGGAUACCUCAAAGCACUGAAAGCACUGGCAAAAGAAAGCCAUAUUGAUAUAGCAACAAGUGAAAAAGUGGCCACAGAUUCCCUGAGGAAGUACUUGAACUGGUCUGCGCCGUCGCCAGUCCCCGACGAGACAAGAAGACCAACCUACCGCUAUUGCCCUACAACAGACAGGUUCCUGAUGAUGUGCGGCGUACUCCGUCCAAUCAAAGCCCCAGCAGCUGCACCACCAGCGGAACCACCCCAGGUCCUGGACCCCUACUACACGUUGUUGAAGGCAUCUGGCCAAGAGCAGGGCGCCGCACUGCUACUUAGCAUACAACCUGAAAAAGAGAGCGAGAGGAGGUCACCAGAAGCGGUGGCGCGCAUCUUAAAGAAGGCAGGGCACGAGGAAGCAGCAAGAAUCAUCAUUGACUGGAUGUCGAGCUGGGAAACACGAGAAGUAUUCAAGCGGAGGUUGGAAAGAAGUGAUGCUUUGAAAAGAGGCUACAUGCAUAUAGAAAAAGCAGCGGAAAGCGACUUCCUCGAGAAAUUGCUGGACGACGCGUACUGGUGAGCGGAGACAACUGUUGUAGUGCGGUGCUGGCACAACGCCGCAGAUAAAUCAUGGCAACAGCAUUAGACUGACCUGGAUGGUGUGUUGUUUGAAAAAGCCUCGUCCAGUAUUAUGCGGGCAAACAGUGCAUCACCAGCGAAUAGUGGUAACGAUGGUGUGUUGUUCAGUUCAUACACUGCAUCAAUAACAUGUGUGUUGUGACUUGUUGGCAACGUUACAUGUAUGCUGAUAUGUCCUAGCUAUGAUUUACUCGCAUGGUCAUGCUGUCAUUUUGCAUUGUGUUCUUUAAUUCGUUGCUAAAAUUAAUGUCUGUCAAAAAUGGGUUUUCAGGCGGCCCCAAUUUUUGAUUUCCACUUACACACUAUCAAGAUGUCCCAUGAUGGCCAGUGUUCUGCCCCACUGGAAAAUCGUGAUUCCGCGGCCGCAACAAAUUCUGCGAUAUCUGUAGGUUUCCACAAAUGUAGCAUUAUCCGCGGGAACCUCGCAAUUUCCAUUGACUUUUAAAAGUGCAUCUGUGAGCCCGUCCAGUAGGCUGUAUACCUGUGCAGUGCUUGUGUUCUGUGUACAUACGAUGGUACCGUAUUUCCCCGAUUAUAAGUCGCACCCCCAUUUUCAGGUUUGAGCAAUAUUGUUGUUAUCCCUGCCCGUUGCAUUUCGCUCCGCUAUCUUCACGUGGCUAGGGCACCCUGUAAGAAGACCAUAGGUCUGUGGGGACUGCCCUAGUAAAAUAUGAAUAAAUAAUAAUAUUCACUUCAGUAGUAAGUCAUGCUCGAUUGUAAGUCCUGUCCCCGGGGAAAAUUGCGGAAAAAAAUCGCAAAAAAACGCGGGGAAAAACGCGGCAUAAUAUGGCAUAAUUUGCGGUGAAUUUGUGGUAAAUAUGCGGUAAAUAUGCGGUGAAUACUAUUGAUGUGCGGCAAUUUUCAGUGAGUAUGUAGUGAAAUCAAUCAGUUACAAGUCUCUGGUGUAAGCACUCGUCAUAUUUGAGUAAAAAGCCG